GGGAGGCGAAGGGUUCAAGGGGGACGAAGCGAGCGGCAUCGAGGGGGAAGGGUUUCGGCGAGGACAAAAUCAGGGAUUUAUCCUCUUCCCACCAAAUUUUAAUUAUUUUCCCCCCUUUUAGCUAUUUUUUCCAUAUCCUCUCCAAUGGACGAAGUGAUUUCGAAUGCAGACGGGGAGUUCGUCUAUUGCAUUUGUGAUCCUAUCUAUAUCCUCUGCGACAACUGAAGUAGAUUUUCUUCCUUACUGGGUUCGUUAUGCUGUGAAACUUUUAGUUAUUGAUGAUGAAGACAAUGCGUGCAGUGGGCACAAAGCAAUCCUAGAAGUUCAUUCUAUUCAUUUCAUUGAAUAAAAUUCAGGUCUUUGUGAUAUCAGUGGAUUGUAACGAUCAUGGAGAGAGUGUAUGUGUGCUUCUGUUGGAUUUGCCGGGUCUUCCAUAGACAUGCUGAAUGCUACGUUUUAUUUUGUUCUUGCCGAGAUCGUGAAGUUCACCCAAAAACAAGGAUUGAAAGGUGGCAAAGGAGGAUGGAAAGAUUUUUUGCAUAGUCAUGAUAGGAGAUUUGGUGCUGGUGUAAGUGAUCCGGCAAGAAGAACUAAAGAGAUAUUGGUUGCUUUUCUGCAAACGUUCGAGGAAAAACAUCUGAAGUUUUUUGACAAAAUGAUAAGACGUCUUGCUGACUGCAAAGCAAUAAAGAAGUUCAUCACCGACUUUCCAGUCCAAGAGACCCCUCUGCAGAGGCUGGUCCGUUUGACGAUGGAACAUUCACUUUUCUCACGAUGUUACUCUUUUCCAUCCCAUGAGGAGGAGUGGAUAAUCAUUCCACUAGGUAAAGUUUCUGAGGCAAUGAAAUCAAAAGUUAUGCUUUCAAUUGAUUGUGAGAUGGUCCUUUGCGAGGAUGGUACUGAAGCAAUUGUAAAAGUAUGUGCAGUAGAUCACAAUUUGGAGGUUAAACUUGAUGAACUUGUAAAUCCCAACAAAGCUGUUGCUGACUACAGAACAGACAUCACUGGAAUAUAUGCUGAAGAUUUGGAGGGAGUUACUUGUUCAUUGCCUGAUAUACAGAAAUCCUUUAAGAAGCUUUUGUCUCGAGGGACUAUUUUAGUUGGCCACGGUGUACAUAAUGAUUUACGAGUACUAAAAAUUGAUCAUCCACGAAUUAUUGACACAUCAUACAUCUUCAAAUGUGGAGACUUGCCUACUGUUACACCUUCCUUGAACAAUUUGUGUAAGUCUGUGUUGGGUUCUCCAGUACGACAAAAAGGUGAACCACAUGACUGCUUAAACGAUGCAAAGGCUGCAAUGAAGCUGGUUCUUGCUAAGCUUGAAUAUGGAUUUGAUGAUCCCAUUUCUGUUCUAAACAACAAUUUGUCUGUCUCUGAUCAAGCGAAGUUACUUCUUCACAACAUACCAGUUGAUGUUCCUUAUCAAGACCUGCUGAGACUAUUUCCUGAGAAAUAUAAUGUUGAUAUCGAGAAUGAUCUAAAGGUCCGAGGCCCUAGCUAUGCUACAUUUGCUGUUUUCAAGGAUGCCAGAGAGGCAUAUGAAGCAUUCAAAGGAAUAGAAGCCCCAGAAAGAAGGGGCGAUACCACCAUGUGAUUGGACAUAUCAGCAGGCCCUCACACUAAACUUCCCUCUAGCAUGCGAAGACUUUAUUGCCCUCUGACAGUUAACUUGUUCUUCGUUGAAUGUCUUAUAUUAUACAUAAUGAGAGUCUUAUAAGAAUGUUCUUGAUUUUGUGACUAUACUUUGCUUCAUUAUGCAUACAGUGGUGUAUUUUCUUGAGCAUAUCGUAGUUCUUGGUUGUGAACGAGCAUUUAUCCCUAGGGAGGGCUCUAGUGAAUCUUGAUGCUCAUUACAUUAAAAGAAAAAAAGGAGAGGCUGGUUGGUUGCAGAGAGUAAUUUGGUUCUUUAAGAUGGAAGAACAUAUUAAGGCACUGCUCUCUCUCUCUCCCUCUCUCUCUCUCUCACACACACACGCAUGCACCCACGCACACAUACGUGCAUACAUAGGUCAAGUUCAUGUGUGCAUGUUAUAUUCCCAAAAAAUGCAUACCAGUUACCUUCAUAUAAUGUUCCCUCAGGCAAAAAAAAUAUAGAGUUUGAGCACCAUAAUUCCUUUCCUGUCACAACUGGAAUUUUGGUUGCCACCUGUCAAAUGGGCAUCAUCGCGUGGUUUUGUGCCCUUCUUAGAUCUUUCUAUAAAAGCUUAGGCUUACGAUAUGAGAAUACAAUUAUGAUGUUCUUCUUUUUCUUCUCUCUCUGUUUCUCUUGCAGCAAUAAUGAUGAUGUUACAACCAAGUAACUUCUAGAAGCCAUCCGCGAGCACCAUGAUUCUGCUAAAAUACUAAGAACUUUUUUCUUUUCUUCUAC